CGUGCACGAAACUUGGCCAGCUUGAAUUCAGUUCGCAAUGGUUUACGUUGCUGUUUUGGUUCUCGUUUUGUGUAUACGGUGCGAAGUUCAGAGUUUAUCGCCUCCUCUAUCAGACGAUGAAAUAAGUCAUUUGCCACCUGAUCUUCAACUACAGUUCCUUCUGCCGUCUCCUCCCGUACAUCUCCAUCAAACCCGUAUAGGAUUCAAACACCGAUGGGUGGAUCAUUCAGGACGAUUUCACACGAGCAAACCACGUGGUUGUAGUGUAGCCGUCGAUGCUACAACAACUGUUAGUGAUCUGGCUUUGUCCAAGGCAUGUACCAUUAUUGGCCUAAUGACCAGACAUAUGUCAUCAGCAAUAUUUUGUGGCUUGGGAAAAUCUCAUGGUGUCGGCAUUUUUGCUAAGUCCGAAGGUCCGGGUAUUUACCCCGAAAAUUAUAACCUGAAAGAUACACCCCAAUGUCACAACAAAUGUGAUGGUUCAUGUAAGCAUACCUGUACAUUCGACGGGCGAAAGUAUGAUUCAAUUGCUGGUCUGACCAAUUCAAGAGCUGUUGUUUUGGAAGAUAAUGUGCUAUGUAAUUCUCGUGAUCCUUAUGGUCACAAAGAAAAUAUCUUAGUUCACGAAUUUGCCCACUUAGUUGAUAGAUACAUGCCACGAGUAGAUAGAGACAGGUUGAAAUAUGUCUACAACUACAUUAAACAACACGGUACUUGGCCGAAUGGAUAUGGUACAGCUAAUUCUGCUGAGUAUUGGGCUGAAUCUACAUCCUCAUUCUUCCAUACUAUGACCCGUAUUAUGGAUGUGGGAAUGAACAAUUGCAACUUCAAUCAUCUUUGUGGUUCAGAGAUGGAAAGUAGAGCGUGGUUGAAAAAACAUGAUAGCUGGAUGUAUAAUCUACUUGUUAAAAUCUACACGAACAACAAUCCAACAGUAACCAGUACCCUCAGCGUUUGCCAAUAA